AUGAGACUCCCAGAUCUUCAAUCGAAGGACGAGCGACGAGGUCUAAAUUGUUGUCUGAAGCUGUUGCAGCACCCGUCGACUAGCAGGGCGGCAAGUUCUGCAGACGGAGCAACCGCACUCCAUUGGGCUGCUAAGCACGGUAAUGAAGACGUCGUAAAACUGGUAGCCGGUACAUUGAAGGCAGAUGUCAACGCAAGAACGAAUGGGGGAUACACUGCACUGCACAUUGCCAUGCAAUUUGGUCGCAACGACAUCUUUGAACUUCUUUGUAAUGUAUACAAGGCAGACCGGGACUUGUUAGAUUGGAGCGGUAAAAAACCGUUGGAGUAUCAAAAACAGAUGACAAGUGUGUCGGCAUCCACCUACAGCAGUGAGUAUGAUCCAAUGUUUGUAGUGAACGAACGGUUCCACUCUCUUCCGUCGAAAAAACUGCUCUCGCCGCUAUCACGGGGCGGCACUUUCAUGCGCAAGAAAAGUCGUCGCCAGCGCCCUUCGACUUCAACCGGAGUCGAACUGCAACGCACCCAUUCAAUGCUUACUGUAAUCACGCCGGAAAACCUAUCGCUUCCCACUAACACUAGGUCGGCUGCAACGAACAGCAAAAGCGGCAACAACAAUCGAAUUAGCCUCAUGCCUCGGCCAACUGACACGAUGAGCCUUAGAAGUGGCAGCUCCGGAAACUUGCAUAGAAAUGACAAAAUCAACCAGAGCUUUUUUCGACGCAAGAAGCCGCAUAAAAUCAAAGCCAGGAAAAAGCAUACAGAAAAAGACUCGGGAUUCCUGCGGAUUGGCUCGCUGAACGUUCGAGUGAAGAAAACGACCGAAGCCUUCAGCAACUUUUUGGGAGUUGGGAACAACACGACUCGUCUCCCGCAGAACCUGAGGACUAGUGCACCGCCAACUUCUGCUUAUUUUGAGAAGCUCCACAAGAGCUGGGGAUCCGCUGACAAUAUACCGCAUGAAGAUGAAACUAUGCCUCCACCCCAGUACGGUUCCGUGAAGAAGCGGCGACCAAAGCGAGAUACAGAGUACGAUUCCGCGAAUGAUCACUUCAGUCAGAGUGUACCGACGACACCAAGUCAGUCACGUGCACCCAUUGGUAUACUGUCAGAGAAUCCCGACACUGAAUCGGAAAAUCCUGGUGACUCUGACUCGGACACGGCCUGCGGAUUCGAUUCCAACUGGAGGCCAACUUAUAUCUGACACACUGCUUAUGAUAGAUAUAACACACCUAACACUUGAACGAUAGAUUUCACGAAACUUGAAAUGCUUUGGAUGUAAAUACUUUUUAAAAAACAUGUGUGAAUAAAUCGCUUUUUAAUUAUACUUAACAAUAAAAGAAAUUUUUACGUGUA